UUCUUUUACAGGGCAUCAGUAUUAUUUUUAACGUCGCACUCGGAUUAUUAAAAACCACCAGGGAGGACUUGCUGCUGACGGACUUCGAGGGGGCUCUGAAAUUCUUCCGAGUGCAGCUGCCCAAGAGGUAUCGCUCGGAGGAGAACGCCAAGAAACUGAUGGAGUUGGCAUGUAGCAUGAAGAUUAGCCAAAAGAAGUUGAAGAAAUACGAGCGAGAAUAUCAUACGAUGCGGGAGCAACAGGCUCAGCAGGAGGAUCCCAUUGAAAGGUUUGAGAGAGAAAACCGACGCUUGCAAGAAGCCAACAUGAGGCUGGAGCAGGAGAACGACGACUUGGCCCACGAGCUGGUGACCAGCAAGAUCGCCCUGCGGAAGGACUUGGACAACGCGGAAGAGAAAGCCGAUGCGCUGAACAAGGAGCUCCUGAUGACCAAGCAGAAGCUGAUAGACGCCGAGGAUGAAAAGAGAAGGCUGGAGGAGGAAUCGGCUCAGCUGAAGGAGAUGUGUCGGAGGGAACUGGACAAGGCCGAGUCCGAGAUUAAGAAAAACAGCUCGAUCAUUGGAGACUACAAGCAGAUCUGCUCCCAACUGAGCGAGAGGCUGGAGAAGCAGCAGAUAGCCAAUAAAGCUGAAAUUGAGAAAAUCCGGCAUAAAGUCGACGACUGCGAACACUGCCGGGAGUUUUUCAACAAAGAAGGGCGGUUGAAGGUGGCCAGCAUCGCCCGGGAGGGCUCCGACGAAGACACCGACGAGGAGAAGGAGGUGCUGAAGAACCAGUUACGAGAAAUGGAGCUGGAACUGGCUCAGACCAAGUUGCAACUGGUGGAAGCCGAAUGCAAAAUCCAGGACCUGGAACACGACCUGGGACAGGCGCUGAACGAGGUGCAGGCCUCGCGCAAAACCUGGUUCAACCGAACGCUGAGCUCUAUAAAGACAGUGACCGGCGUCCAAGGGAAAGAGACGUGCUGAAGAAGCUGGGUAGCAACCUCGGAGGGCUCCCGGGGGGCCUCCCGAUAUACCUUCUGCCUUCCAGAGCUUGUCUUGGCCGACCGACCGCGGGCAAGAGAGGACCAGAUGUACAUAGGACUCCCGAAACACACCGCACGGCGGCGGGUUUCCCCCCCCCCCCACAGGCCGGACACCCAAGCCAGACACGCGGCUUAUAACGAGAUGAGGGAUCUUCAUACUACUGAUUAUUUAACCGGGGGGAGGGGGGUGUUGUAGCUGUAGACCGAUGCUUUUUCCCCCCCUUUCUUUUUCCAGAGGAAAACGAUGCUCUGCUCCCUUCCGCAGUCCGUUUGGAGGCGCUAGGUACGAAGAAUUGACCGCCUUCUUCUAACAUAACCGAGUUUACAAGCGAGUGCUUCCCUCCCCCCCCUUGGGUUUUAUUUUUACAGUUAUAACUUUUUUAAAAGGUUCCAUUUGAGAGGAAGAAAUGGGAAACCAAAACCGCCAACCCUCCAGCGUUCUUUUAACAAAAAAAGUCGCAACUCUUCUCGCCCAAGAGCGUGCGCAUGCGCGCGAGAGAGAGGAAGCGAAAGGUUUCCCCACUCCUUCCAAGUAGGGGGGCUUGCAUGGUUUAACUUUUCAGAAACGGGACUCACACGCCCCGCUCCCCAAUGUUUGUGUGUGUGUGUGUGUGCGUGUCCCGUCCUGCCCCCCCACCUGGUCUCUUUCUCAUCUGUCCAGCGCUUAGUUCUCCAUCAUGAAAUAACUUCUAUGCAACUCAGCGGGAUUUGGGGUGUCCUAAGGCAACCGCUUCCCCCCCGUCUUCCCCCCGGGGAAGACCUCCUGUUCCUGAACGAAAGUUGAGAUUCGACGACUCCGUUUCAUCAGGGUCCGUUUUAUACAUAACGCAGGUGCGCGGCUCGUGUUGUGUGAGCUUACAACCCAGCCACCCCGCCUUCCUCGAGCUUCCUCUGGGCUCCACUUCGCUCCCGAGAAAGUCGGGGAAGGUGGAAAGCCGCCUCUCCUUUGCCGUUUCGGAUUUGGUUUGGCCCCCGGUGCAUCCACUCCAAAAUGGUUGCUCGGCUCUUGACACGAGAAUCAUUGACCUCCAUUUUGCUUUUAUCUCCGUUUUUUGGGGGGUGAGUUUUUUUCCUGCCUGCAAGAAAGCAGGUUGGGAGCGAGAUACAAACGGCCUGGGAAACAAGCUUCCUUUUUGACCACUGUUGCUGCUGCUGCUGCUAAACUCACCUUCUGCCCUGACUCGUUUGAGGGCCGGGCUUCACGUUCCCCCUUCCCCAUCAAACACUCCCCAAUUUUUGUAACUACACACACAAGUAGGUGAUAACGCUACUUUUAAGGUUUCGAGGGGCAUAGAGCAGGGCUCUCCAUCCUCGGCAACUGUUGUUUCAAAAACUUGUGGACUUGCAACUCCCAGAAUUAAUCCUUGGCUGAGGAAUUCUGAGGAGUUUGAAUUGAACAAGUCUUAAAAAAGCUGCCAAGGGUUGGAGCAUCCAAACCUCGCACCAGAAAAGCUGAAGAAUGAAUUUGUUUUCCUUUUUUUUUUUCUUCUUCUUUCGUUGGCACCUUUUUAUUUAUACCGAUUUAUAUCCUAUGCUGAAGAGUAGCUGGGUUGUUUUGUUUUUAAAUCCGCAGAUGAACUUAACCGUGUGCAGUGUGUGAGUGUAGGCCGGUAACCCCCUCCGAGGCACUGUUUGUAUAUAAAGAUAAUUUUUAUUUCCGAGCUCUUUUCUUUUUCCUCCUCCUCUUUGACCAGACCUAACGCUAGCUUGACGCAAACUGAGAUCAAGAGGUGAAGCCAUCUCCCCCACUGAGCGCUCACGAUUUCUCUCCCUUUAAAACUGUAUACAUGAGUAUCUUUCUUGUUUAAUAAUAACGAGGACAAAAAACAAAGCCAACCUUACAAUAUUACUGUAACUCCAUUGAUAAUAAA